AUGUCAGAUACUUUCUCACACACCUUCCUUCACUCGCAGCCACGGCGUCUCCAAGCCCACGUCCGGGCGUACGUCGAUGUGGGCGGGCUCGAGUCGGCAGCCCGGUGGCAACGGACAGCAGGCGGGAGCAAGGGCAAGGGCAGGGGCAAGGGCAGGGGCAAGUUAUGGAAGAAAAAGUCCAAGAUCAAGGCAAAGUGGGUCGAGGUCUAUGCUGUCGUCAAAGGCCGGGUGCUCAAGCUGUUUGCAGCCUUUGAAGCUCCUCUGCCGUUCCUGUCGCUUCCGCUCGAUGACGUCUCACGAGUUGUGCCCGUGGCUGACUCGAUCAAUGAGCUGCAUGGGCUUGAGCUGAGAGCACGAGCGCUGGAAGUGCAUUUUGCGCUCAGCGGGGAGCAUGCAGACCUGUUGCCCAUAGACUCGCCGCUGCUGCUUGCCUUUGCCUCGCCGUUGGUCCGCGAUCAGUGGGUCGAGGGCAUACCGGCUUGGCGAUCGGUCUCGGUCUCGAGGGCAAAGCUUGCCGAGUGGGCUCGCAUCUCCGAGGCGCUCGGGCCUGAUGCUGAUCUUGGUCUGGUCACGCCGGAGACGGCUGCCGGCAUCCGCACCAUCCGCGACCUGCACCCGGAGCUGGCGCCGCGGCUCGCUGUCGAGUACGUUGUGGGCGACCACGAGGAGCCGCCCGCUCAAAUGUCGAUGGUAGGAGGCGCCGAGGCGGACCAGGUCGAGGAGCACACUGAGUUCACCGAGUCGGAUAGUUUGCCGGCCCUCGGGUCGGUGGCGGUGGACGCCGCCGACGUCGUAGAGAUGAAGCGGCUCAUUGUGCGGAUGCACGACGACCUCGAGCGGUCGAUGCACCGGACGUAUGCGCUGGAAGCGUACACAUCACACCUUGCCGAGAGGCUGCAUGCGUCCGACAACACCAACCUGCCGCUGGGGCCGGACGCGGCGUCGCGGCUCGAGGGGCCGUACCGACCACCAACGGCUGUAUCGCAGCGGCGGGCCAUGGCGACGACACUCGAGUCGAUGGCCGAGGCGGUCCGCUCGCGGCGCGACAUGCAAACGACUCGCAUGGCGGCGGUGCUGAUGGAGGCGCGGCUGCAGGCGCGGGCGCGGCAGCAGGCAGCACCGCCGCGAACCAGCCGGGCCGCACUCAAGGCGCGACUGGCCACGACGGAAGCCCAUCUCGAUGGCUUGCGUGCUCUUCGUCGGGCGCUCGACGCGCAGCGGACAGCGCUGGCGACGGCGCAUGCGCGGGCGCGGCAUUGA